AGCUUGAAAAUACUGAUUUAAGUGGCACUUUGCGCAAUGUCCAUAAAGUCUUUGUGGUGACUCAGGUGAUUAAGAAACCUGAAGGGUCUGGCGUGCUUCCCUUUUAUCUCUUCAAUUGUGACACAAAAGGACAUGAUCAGAGAAGUGUGGGUCUUUUGCAUCAACUUGCAGAUGUGGCCAUAGAGUCAUCCAAGAAAGGUUCACAAUGGCCCUGUCAAUUCUGCCGUGAACAUGAGAAUUUGUCCAGGUAUAUAACCUUCCAACAGUCUUAAGCACGGACAAUCCAGUAUUAGUCAGUAAGUUCCCUCCUUCACAUCAGCAUCCUGAAUUUGGCUCCCCAACCUAUCGUCUAGAUUUAGAACAGCAUUGAAAUCACCCAUUAUCAACCAUGGUUGUUGAUUGGUGGGUUCCAUUCCUUCAAGCAGUUGCACAUGUCAAUCCUAUCCUUGAUGGUAUGAAGUCCAUAGACUGCAGUGAACAUGAAACUUAUAUCCCCGUUUCUUUGAUGAAUAGAACAGUGCACCAGUGACCUUUUUCAUUUGAUCCAUACCAGCUCCAUUGGGGAAAGACUUUCUUCGCUAUGCCGGGAGCCUUUUGCUUUGUGACUCGAUGUUUGGUUAUAGCUAAAACUACUAUGUUCUCCUUCUUUAUUACUCAAGGCAGCUCUUUGUGUUUGAACUGCUUAUUGAAGCCCCUUACAUUCCAGGAGGCUACUAUCAUUGAGUUUUCGGUAAGGGUGACAGGAGUCUCCUGCAGUGGACUAAAGCAAUUAUUAAAAUCACCUUGGGCUCUCUCUUGACUGGUGCCAACAAGGUGUUUGCUGGUCCAAUUUCGCAGCAAGAUGGACAGUAUUGCAGACACCAUUCACACUCGUAUACGGGCUAAAAGGAAAGUAAGACAAAUAAAUUAUAAGGGAGGGAGUAAGUGAGUGGAAGAAAAUGCAUAGCAUGGAAGACUCAUGAAGGAAUUAUUUCUUUGCAUUGAUACUUUUAGUCUGAUAUGUUGUCAGUAAGAUUUUUUUCUAAUCCGGAUAUUUAUGUUGCUGCUUUCUCCAAACUCGUUGAUGAUUAACUGCGUGCAUGUUUAACUCUUGACUGGCCUUAUUCAAAAACAUGUUUAACAUUUGAUGCUCAGAUUCUAGCUUCUUCUGUUUUCACUAUUAAUAAUUUAUCUUACUGGGAACUAGUCAUAUAUGCAUUCAAGUAGAUUUUGAUUCUUGAAUCUGAUUGAUCUUCCACGUUGUUUGGUCGUUUCUUAGGUUACACAUUGCCGAUUUCCUGAUUAGAGCCACGUUAGUAUAUCAGCAAUGGUUUGUGCUUAAUGAAAUGACUCUAAGUUUUUGUAGACAUGAUUCCUUAUCUCCUAUAACUGUCCUUCUAAAUCUGGAUGAUAUUCAACUCAAGCUUUUGGUAGUGGUAAGAGCGCAAUGCUUGAUGUGCGGAAGGACUGCCUCGUGGUAGUUCUUGAGCAUAAGAUAUUUGUGUACAAUUUUUCUAAUCUGGAGUUGUUAUUUCAUAUGGAAACAACUACGAACCCAAAGGGGCUCUGUGAGGUUUCACAAACUGCUGAUCAACUUGUAUUGGUAUGCCCUGGUCUGCAGAAGGGUCAAACAUAGUGCUUCAAAAAGCAUGAAAUCUAUUGUAGCACAUGAUUCAGUUCUUGCAUGUUUUGCUCUUACGAGGGAAGGCAACCUGCUAGCAACAGCAAGCACCGAGGGUACACUAAUCCGGAUUUUCAACACGCUAGAAGGUAUAUUGUUGCAGGAGGUAAGAAGGGGUUCGGAUAGAGCAGAAAUAUAUAGUUUGUCGUUCUCUCCAACUGCUCAGUGGCUAGCUGUCUCCAGCGACAAAGGCACUGUUUCACAUAGUUAUAAAGCUCUCGGACUCUUCCCAAGUAUGUUAGCUCAGAAUGGUCUGUGGCUCAAUUCCGACUGCCUGGUGUUUCUCGGCUGGGACGGAAGCUUUUUCAGAUGCAAGUUUGAUCCAGAAUAUAGGCAAGUUAGCAUAUACAACCAACAGACUUCAAUUUGUUGAUGUACAAAAAAAAAGAAAGAAGAUUUUGAUAUAGUUGAGUGAAAAUGUAUAUCCAGAGUUUCCAACAACAAACAAUUCCUUGUAUAGUAAAGAUGCAUGAGUUUUCCCUUUUAGUAGAAAUAUAAUUGU